UGUGUGUGAGGCUAACUUAAUUGCGUUCUUCGAGAUCGCUGACGGCUUACGUAUAUAACCGAUGCGCGGUCGAUCUUUCCCCUCAAACGCCGCUUAAGAGUCCGACCAAGAACUGGAAAGCCGCAAUCAAGAUAUUUGUGACAGAAAGAAAGGAAGUACCGCUCUACGAUGAGGUUGACAUUAACGCUCUUUUUACUGGCUGUCUCGCUGAGCCUGAACAGCGCGCGAGCUCGUCAGCGCACAAACGUUAUAUUAAAUUCCACCGAUCGAUCAAUCGAUCAACCAGAUUACACGCAAUCACGCAAAUCCCCAGAUGAUGAGAGGGACAUCAAGCGGGUGCAGAUCCACAAUCAAAUUGGAUUGGACGGUAAAGUGCGAAGAAUCCAGUUGGAUUCCGAGGAAGAUAAACCGGGUAUUCGCGCGUACGGUCUACCGAAAAGACGUUUACAAGAUAACGGCGUUAUCGAGAGAUUGCAUUUUGUAGAGGAUCGUCGCAUCGAUGACACCUCGAAAAGUGGUCGAUUGGUAGAAGCCUACGGAAUAUUGAAAAACAAGAUGGAGACUAACGGCUUCAUAGAAAGAUUGCCAUUAUCAAAUACAGCUCGUCAACCUCCUAAGUUAGACGACGAAAACGAAAGUGUUAGAACAAGAAGAUUUAUUCGUACGGGAUCCGAGAACAAGGUCGAAGAAAAAGUUUUAAACGAGGCGGAAGACAUGAUGGCACAAGAUUCUAAGGUUUUCAGACCGCUCUUCGUCUACAGACAGCAAGUGGCUGCCAGGGAAAAACGGAAGCACGCGAGGAAUCUAGCACAUAGGAAUCACCGGCAUGCGACGCAUCAACCUUGCUAUCAUCAACACGUGACCUACUGAUCUUAUCAACAAGAUCGUGAAUAUUAAGCGAGGCAGUAGUGUCGCGAGGUGCGCAAAAAGGAAGACAGGCCAUGUGAUUAUUUCACAUAUUUUUUAUUCUGCAGAGGCAAUUAGAUUUCGUUUAUAUUAGACAGCCACUUUUCAUUUCUCAGAUAACAAGUGUAUAAAGAAAAAUUGUCUAAAGAAAUCUUACUCUUUUAGAUCUUCUUAAAUUAUUUUUAUAAAUCUUUUAGACCUUUUACAGUAAAAUUUUAUCUUUG